AUGGGGACUUCUUCAGGUGCGAAUUUCCAUCAACAGCCUCCGCCGCAGGGGAUGCUGCCGCCUCGCCAUGGUGCCCGGGCCCCGAGCCUCCAGACUUCCCUCUCAUUGGCCUCGUCGGAACAGGUUGGCUCGCCUGAAAUGCAGGAACCUGUGUCCAAUUCUGACCAGGGCCAUGACUCUGCCACCGAAAGUGCAAGUUCGAGGGAGACCUGGCCUGUAGAGCCGGAACAUAGCAAUGCUGCUGCUGCUAGUAGUGGCGGUGCUGUGAAAAAGGUGGAGAUGGAAAAGGACAUCAGAAAUGGUAUCCCCAAGUUGCAGGUUAUUCGCGGAAGCUCCCGCAUCGAUAGGGUGUCACUGAGGGAGAUUGCGCGGGAGAGAGUGGACCUAGUUGUCGAGAAAAUGAAGGUAAUGCCAGAGGAGCACCUGGAGGAGAUAAAAAAUGAGCUCAGGUCGAUUCUGGAGGGGACAGGGGGCUCUCAUCAUAUUGAGGAGUUUCUGUAUCUGCAGAAGUUUGUCCAGGGCAGAGGUGAUUUGACACCAACUAUGCUUUCAAUGGCCCAUCAUGUCCAACUGGAGAUCCUCGUGGCAAUCAAGACUGGAAUCCAGGCGUUUUUGCACCCCAGCGUCACCAUUCCCCAAAGCCACCUGGUGGAGGUCUUCUUGUAUAAGAGGUGCCGGAACAUUGCUUGCCAGAGUGCUCUCCCGGCUGAGGAGUGCAGAUGCAAUGUAUGUGCUAACAGAAAUGGGUUUUGCAACCUUUGCAUGUGUGUGAUUUGCAACAAGUUUGAUUUUGAGGUCAACACAUGCCGAUGGGUUGGGUGCGAUUUCUGUUCCCAUUGGACGCACACCGACUGUGCGAUUCGUGUUGGCCAGAUUGGGACAGGGCAAUCAAUUAAGAGCGGCACCGGUCAUGCCGAAAUGCUUUUUAGGUGCCAGGCUUGCCAGAAGACAUCAGAAUUAUUCGGUUGGGUUAAGGAUGUGUUUCAACAAUGUGCUCCUGGUUGGGAUAGGGAUGCCUUAGUACGAGAGCUUGAGUUUGUUUGUAAGAUAUUUCGUCUAAGCGAAGACCCAAAAGGAAGAAAUUUGUUCAGGAAAUGUGCGAAUCUGAUUGAAAGAUUGAGGAAUAGUUCUCCUGAUUCUGUCAAUCCUAGGAUGAUACUGCAUGCACUUCGAGUAACUGACGGAUGGAUGCUGUACUAUGCUUAUGUUUUCACAGAGCUUGAGAUGGAUUCCCCAAAGAGCUCUGAAAAUGAAGAAUCGGGACGCUUGAUCACUCCCCAGGAGGCAUGUAAUCGUAUUGCAGAGGUAGUCCAAGAAGCUGUCAGAAAGAUGGAGCUUGUUGCUGAAGAGAAGAUGGGCCUGUACAAAAAGGCUCGCACCGCUGUGGAGGCCUGUGACCGUGAGCUUGAUGAGAAGGCCAGACAAGUUCAGGAGUUCAAGGCCGAGAGGCUGCGGAAGAAGCAGCAGGUGGAGGAGCUCGAGAGCAUUGUUCGGCUGAAACAGGCCGAGGCUGAGAUGUUCCAGCUCAAGGCAAGUGAGGCCCGCCAGGAGGCUGAGAGGCUCCAGAGCAUCGCGCUUGCCAAAUCUGAGAGGGCUGAGCAGGACUACGCUAGCCUCUACCUCAAGCGGCGCCUGGAGGAAGCGGAGGCAGAGAAGCAGUUUCUUUUUGAGAAAAUAAAGCUUCAGGACGGCCAUAGGCCCCCGCAGGCGAGCAGCAGCGUGCCUGGUGAUUCCUCUCAGGCUCCCUCUCAGGCGCUGAUGCUGUCCAAAAUUCAGGACCUUCUCAAGAACGUUCGUACCAUGCCGACAAAGUCGGAGGCGCAUUCAAAAUAA